UGUAUCCACAACUCAGAACCCUGUACUCUUAGCUAAAAAGAAGAAUCUAAACGAUGGCGGGCAACAGCAGUGACGACUGCAACGCAAAUGAAUGCGUUUGGCGGUUCAAAGGAAACGAUGCGAUGAGUGAUGCAGCUGCCGUAACGUUGAGAAAGCUUUUCUUUGAGAUGUUUAAAAACGGCAACUUAAACAGUGGAAAGACUAUUUUGCCUUCCGUCACUCACAGCUUCAAACCUUCCCCUCAAGCGGAGGAAGCUAUCGUUGCAGCCGUCCGGUCCGGCACGGCCAACUCUUAUGCACCUAGCCCCGGAACUUUCAACGCUAGAAGAGCGGUGGUAGAUUAUUUAAACGGCGAGCUUCCGACUAAGCUAAGUCCAGAACAUGUGUAUAUCACCGGCGGAUGCAACCAAGCGAUAGAGAUCUUAAUGGAUAGUCUUUCGGGAAAUCCAGCAGCCAACAUUCUGCUUCCAAGACCAGGCUAUCCUCACUACGAUGCUCGUGCUGUUUAUAGCCACGUUGAGGUUCGCAAAUACGACCUCCUCCCGGAAAGAGAUUUCGAGAUCGAUCUAAACGAACUUGAGGCUAUUGCAGAUGAGAAUACCGUCGCAAUGAUUCUUAUCAACCCAAACAAUCCAUGUGGAAACGUCUACUCCUACGAUCAUCUUAACAAGGUUGCGGAGAUGGCUAGGAAACUCGGUAUAAUGGUAAUAUCCGACGAAGUAUAUGAUCAUGUUGUAUUUGGAGACAGGCCCUUUGUUCCCAUGGGUAUGUUCGCAUCUAUAGCUCCGGUGAUCACGCUAGGAUCCAUAUCCAAAGGAUGGGUUGUCCCGGGCUGGAGAAUCGGUUGGAUUGCCAUGAACGAUUCUAUUGGCAUUCUUAAACAUACAGGGGUAGUUCAAGCAAUAGAGGAUUGUCUUGAAUUAACUCCACAACCUUCAUUUAUUCUUCAGGAAGCACUUCGUGAUAUAUUGGAGAAAACACCUAAAGAGUAUUUCGACAAGAAGAAUAAAGCCAUGAGACGCAACGUGGAGAUUUCUUGUGAGAGGCUCAAGGACAUUCCUUGUCUCUCUUGCCUCAAGAAACCUGAAUCAUGUUCUUACAUAUGGGUAAAGCUUGACACAUCACAGCUGGAUGAUAUCAAAAAUGAUUUUGAUUUCUGCACGAAGCUAGUCAAUGAAGAGAGUCUUGUCCUUUUACCAGGAGUGGCAUUAGGAGCAAAGAAUUGGGUGAGGAUAUCGAUCGGAACCGAAGAAUCAGAGUUAGAGGAAAUAUUUGAGAGAUUAAAAGGUUUCCACGCUCGUCAUGCCAUUUCUAAACAAGCUAUCGAAGUCAAUAGUCAUACCAUUAAUCAGAAAUUUGUCUCUGUCACCUAAUUGUUGUUAUCUUAUGCCAUCUUCACAUAAAUCUACAUUAGAUUUUUCUUUUUAU